UUCCCUCUCAAUCCACAAAAUCUGAGUCAAAAAUACUUGAAUCCAAAAACAAAAGAAGAGAGAAAAUGUCAGGAAGAGGAAAGGGAGGAAAAGGGUUAGGCAAAGGAGGAGCAAAGAGACACAGAAAAGUGUUAAGAGACAAUAUUCAAGGUAUUACCAAGCCUGCUAUUCGUCGUCUCGCAAGAAGAGGUGGUGUUAAGAGAAUCAGUGGGCUGAUUUAUGAAGAAACUCGCGGUGUUUUGAAGAUCUUUUUGGAGAAUGUUAUCAGAGAUGCUGUUACUUACACUGAGCAUGCUCGUCGUAAGACGGUUACUGCUAUGGAUGUUGUCUAUGCUCUUAAGAGACAAGGUCGUACUCUCUAUGGUUUUGGUGGUUAAAUAGGGUUGUUAAUUAAUUAGCUAAUUAUUUUAGUGUUGUUUUUAUAUAUGCAUCUAUUUGAUGUAUUUGGAUAUUGUAAGUUGUUCGUAUGAAAUAGUGAAAACUGUGUUUCUUGAGCUGUUA